AUGUCUGAAAAGCCUACCCCUGAUAUGUCUAUCGUUAGCCCCGAAGACCCAUCAGCCGAACCUGACCCAUCCUCCGCCGGCAUAUACUCCUCCACCUUCAAUGGAAACGAUAAGCCCAUUGUGGAGGUACGCCAGCCUGACGAGUCCACGCCGCGAAACACGCACCCCCCGAGCGGAUACAAUACUGCUACACCCCUGCAUGCGCUUCAACGCGGCCCAGCGCCCGUGGAUUGUCCAGUCUGCAGGCAUCGCGAGAUGACUCGAGUGCAACCAGAGGCGGGGAAUACCACACAUGCAUGGGCUGCCGUGGCUUGCAUCUGCUGCUGUUUAGGAUGCGUUCCCUACAUGUUGUCGUCGCUCAAAGAUGAGCACCACUACUGCGGAAAAUGUGGUACACUCCUGGCGACCUGGUACAACAGCGGACGGACGGAUGUGCGUAAAUACAAUUGA